UCGCUUUCUCCGCUAUUCCCGAACCACAAGCGUCUGUCUCCUCUGCCGUCAAACUGAUGCUGAAGUCGUUCUCGGAAUCGUAAUCGGAGCAUAACCCAUUCUUCCCAUUUGUAUUAUUCGGCCAAACCAAUGCUUUCCCGUUCCAGCUUCUCCCGCGGCACCCUCGGCCUUAACGCCUCCCCAUCACCACCCUGAGCUUUGAUCGCAUUUGCCCGCGAGAACUUCGCCGCGCCCCUGUUUUCGAGUUCUCUGCUUCUUGUUCUCGCCGUUUUCUCGGUGUUGGGAUCCUUAGCGUUGAGUUUUCGCUUCUGGGUCGAGUCAAUCUCGCUCGAGAAAGAUCUCGGCUUUGUUGUUUCUUUUUUGUUCUUUAUGUGAUGGCCCUUCACUCCAUUGCCGUGUGCUUCAAUGGGGUGGCCGUUUCUCGACCGAAUUUCGCGAGCUGCAGGCGCCGAACGGUGAAAGUCUCUGCCUUUGCUUGCCCGCCUCUGUCUUCGGUUGCUCGAUUGAGUGUGAAAGGAAAAGCAGUUAGUGAUAAUGAGGCGCCUGAAACAAAAGACAAUUCUCUCGUGGUUUGUUUUGGGGAGAUGCUAAUUGAUUUCGUCCCGACUAUUAGUGGCCUUUCAUUGGCUGAAUCACCUGCUUUUAAGAAAGCUCCAGGAGGAGCACCUGCUAACGUUGCAGUGGGCAUAUCCCGUCUUGGUGGAUCAUCCGCCUUCAUUGGGAAGGUGGGUGAAGAUGAAUUUGGCUACAUGCUAGCUGACAUUUUAAAGGAGAAUAAUGUGAACAGUGAAGGGGUGCGAUUUGAUCCUGGCGCUCGUACAGCUUUAGCAUUUGUUACACUAAGGAAUGAUGGGGAACGCGAAUUCAUGUUCUACCGCAAUCCAAGUGCUGAUAUGUUGCUCGAAGAAUCAGAACUGGAUUAUGACUUAAUUAGAAAGGCAAAGAUUUUUCACUACGGUUCCAUAAGUCUUAUAACAGAACCUUGCAAGUCAGCGCACAUUGCAGCAGCGAAAGCUGCGAAGGAUGCUGGUGUCAUCCUGUCUUAUGACCCCAAUCUAAGGCUUCCUUUAUGGCCUUCAGCAGAAAGUGCCAGGGAAGGAAUCAUGGGUAUCUGGGAAACAGCAGAUAUUGUAAAGAUAAGUGAAGAAGAGAUAUCUUUUCUGACUAAAGGAGAAGAUCCUUAUGAUGAUGCUGUCGUUCGUAAGUUUUACCAUCCCAAUCUCAAGUUGCUUCUCGUAACAGAGGGACCUGAUGGUUGUAGGUACUACACCAAGGAUUUCAGCGGGAGAGUCAAGGGUUUGAAAGUGGAUGCGGUUGACACCACCGGUGCUGGGGAUGCAUUUGUAGCCGGGAUAUUAUCACAACUAGCUGUUGAUCUCUCCUUGCUUCAGGAGGAGGACCGGCUAAGAGAUGCCCUGAAGUUCGCGAAUGCUUGUGGCGCACUGACUGUGAUGGAGAGAGGUGCCAUUCCAGCUUUGCCAACUCGAGAAGCCGUUCUGGAUACAUUGCUCAAAUCUGUAGCAUAAAUAGGUUCAUCUCUCAGUCCCUGUAAUUUUCUCAAUGAACACAUCACCACAACAAGUCUUACACGGAGUUGAUAGAGCCGGCUGUUGAGGAAAAUAAAGAUCUUUCUUUUUGAGUAGGAAUUUUUAUGAGAGUUUGGAAACUAUAGCAUUCUUGCCUAAAGACGAUUGUUGGACUAUUCAUGUCGAAAGCGAAGUUUUUUAUCUGUCGGAAA